AGGAAAUUACGCUCGCGCGGAGGAGGAGCAGGCAGGCCGGCCAGCGUGCAGCAGCUGCUGCUGCAGGAGGGGGGGGAAAUCCAGGGGGUGCGUCGCUGCUGCUGGGACGGGAGGAGACCCCCCCCCGCUCCCCCCACCCCAGGCGCUGCAGACCCGGGGCCAUAGAACAGGGAUCUGCUUUUCAUCAUUAGCAACCCAAGCUGGAUUCAAGCUGGUGAUCAAGGAGCGGGGUAAGUCCCUAGCCCAGGGGGCAGUUCCACUCAGCAGCAUGACGAGCGAGGUGGUGGAGGAUGAGAUGGAAUUUUAUUCCAAGGCUGAGAAAUACUGGAAGGAUGUGCCGCCCACGGUGGACGGCAUGCUGGGUGGGUACGGCCACAUCUCCAGCAUUGACAUCAACAGCUCCAAAAAAUUCCUGCUUAAGUUCCUUCGGGAUGGUCCUAACAGGACAGGAACCACCUGCGCCCUGGACUGUGGGGCUGGGAUCGGCAGGAUCACCAAGAGGCUGCUGUUGCCUCUCUUCAAAGCAGUGGACAUGGUGGAUGUGACUGAGGACUUCCUGACCAAGGCGAGGACCUACCUAGGAGAAGAGGGCAGGCGAGUGAGGAACUACUUCUGCUGCGGCCUGCAGGACUUCAGCCCCGAGCCCAACUCCUAUGACGUCAUCUGGAUCCAGUGGGUAAUAGGACACCUGACUGACGACCAUCUGUCUGACUUCCUGAAGAGAUGCAAGGUUGGCCUGCGCCCCAAUGGCAUCAUUGUCAUCAAGGACAACAUGGCCCAGGAGGGAGUCAUCAUGGACGAUGUGGACAGCAGCGUGUGCCGGGACCUGGACGUAGUGCGGACGAUCGUCCGGCGCGCAGGCCUCAACCUCCUGGCUGAAGAAAGGCAAGAGAACUUCCCUGAUGAAAUCUACCAUGUCUAUACGUUUGCCAUGAGAUGAACCCGGGCUGGGAGAGGCUGUUUACCAAGAGGUACUGCUGUGCCAGGAUCAGCCCAGCAGGCCCCUUCUGGGGGGAUCCAGAGGACACCUAUCGUGUGGUCCAGACGCUUCAUGGUUAAAAUUCAGGGUGGGGUGGGGUGUCCUGAAUAACUCUGCUGGGGCUGGCUGGAAAGAUCGGGGCGGGUCUUCUGCGUUGCUGCUGUUUGUGAGAAAAGACAGCUGCCAAAUACACUCUCCUGCUGUUGCACCUCUGUACACAGACUCUGCUUAAACACGCCCCCCACCCAGGCUGGAGGCUCUCUAGAGAGGAUGCUGCACCAGAUGGGGGUACGAGAGGCAGAGUGAGAACUCCUGCAGCUGCCCUGCCUUGGUUUGUUUGCCUGCCGCCAGAGGAUGCUGCGUGCGCUAUGCCUGAACCCCGCUCGGUUCAGGGCGUGCGGACGAGGGUGCAGCAUCAGCUCUCCCUGCUGCAGGGGAGCCAGGAGAUGAGGGGGUAGAACUCACUGGCUCCUGCUCCAGCUCACUACUUUGCUGCUCCUAACCCUCCUCUCCUCUGGGUGCCUGAACUGGGGUCAGUUCAGCUAGGCGUUUCUUGCUGUCUUCCCGAAACUAGUCUGAGGCAGGAGGUUGUAGGUUCCUGGGACGUGAAAUCUGUCGCGAAGGCAGAGAGAGGUAGAUGUCGGGGCUCGCUUACAGUCAUGAAAAAGGGGUGAUUUUGUUUGGCCUCUCUCCAAAAUCUGUGCCAUUUCCUCAGGAUGGAGCAGAUCUUCCCAAGGGGAGGAAGAAAAGAGGCUCUGGGGCUAUCGUGAGGUAUUACAAUGGUGCUGGGCAGCCAUAUAUCUUCCACGCAAAAUCAGUAAUAAUAGCAAAAUUGUUAGUGUCUUCAUGGAAUCUCAAAGUUUUUCAGAGCAAAAACUUUUUCAAGAUUUGACUAAAUCCAUAUUUAUCUGUGCGGGGGUAGGAGGCCAGUGCCCCCUUCCCCAGGGGCACAGCAGAGUUGGGUUAAUACACAACCUCGGCCGGGACCAGCUUGCCUCAAUUGGACAGUUGAGUCAGAAGGGGGGAGUCAGGCUGCCCACGGCUUGCUGGGAUUGUGCUCUCAUGUCCCUCCCUCCCUGUCCAGGAGAAGGGAAAUCUCUCACCCUAAAGGAUUUUUAAAAUAAUGUUGUAGCCAACCACCCAUUGACAGAGACUCCAAAUGCAGCCCUGGCCCUGCGCCCAGAGCGGGGGUUGGGAGGGCAGGCUGGCCCCUCACUGCUGACACGGGGCGGGGGCUCUGGGGCCGUUGUAGAAUUACAGGCUAGGAAGUAUUUGCCACUUCCUGAAUGAGCUUGUUCCAAGCAAGCCCUACCCUGCCACCCGCUGCAGAAUAAAGAGCCCGGGCCAGGGUAGGGGCUCCAGCCUGGCUCUGAACAGCUGCGUCCCGCUUGCUCCAGGUGGGCAGGCCACCUUGCAUGGCUGGUCUAGCACUUCUGAGUGGGAGCCUGCGGCAGGCCUCUCAAACCACCCCCAGCCGUUACCGCGCGGCGCGUGAGCAGCCCACAAGGA